UGAAAAUACACACAACAGACUGCCCUGUUAUUGCGGCGCGAAACUAUUUGAGGAAAUGACGUCACCUAGUUACAGUAGCUAACGAACCCACACACUCUUCUGUGCAGCUGAAACAAUCUGUGUUAGCUUUUAUCUUGAAACUCUUGUCUUUCUGAACAGCAUUUGGAGAUACACAGCGAAAUAAAAUGAAGUACGUCAGCUUUGUGUUUUUGAGAUUUAGCCUGACGGUGUCGCGGUCCCGCAUGUUUUGAUGUGAAUGUCAAAAGCUUCUUUUUCUUUUUCCAUUCAGGUUUGGAAGACACGCUUCAGAAAUGUACAGCCCCAAAGAGCUAGAGGGAGAAGUUGACCACUCUUUCUUUGAUAGUGACUGUGAAGCUGGUGGACUUGGUUCUGAGGAUGGGCGGCUCAAUAAACAGAAGGCCAUGGAAAGACAAGAUGAGAAAACAGGAAAAGAGACCCAUGUUUCAAUGGAUCAGAAAGGAAGUGAAGCUCAAAUUGUAAGAAACAGUAAUGAUAAAGCCAAACUGGAGGAUGAUUCAAACUGGGGCAGCAGGGGGCAAAGUGAAGAGACAGAAUAUGAAAAAGAGCGACAAAGUACUGAUGGUUUUUUCAAAGGCUCUUCAUCACUUCCAAAAGCUUCCACAAGUGCCAAAAUCUCAGAGACUGUGAACAACAGCCAAUCAGAUGAAGGAUCUAGUGUGCAUUCAUACUCAUCUGAUGAGGAAAGAGAGCUGGAUAAUGAUUUUAAAACCAAUGUUAACAGCGACGAUGAUGAUGAUGGAUACCAUCGUAGUGACGAUGAAAGUGAGGAGGAUGUGAGAUCACCAGUCACGCGAUCAACGAAACACAAGGGAUUGUCCCACGGAACACCUAAAAAAUCUGCUGGAAAAAAAUUCCACAAGCUGAGCCGUAGCUGUUCAUCAUCAUCUGACCUGGAGUCCUCCCACAGUAGUGAAGAGAGAAGCUCUUUUCGAUCUCAGAAAUCACCUGUAAAACAUCAGCGGGUCGGUUCAGCUUACCAGAAAGAACGACCAAAAGAAACGGCAGAAUCUGAAGACACAGUUACUGAUGUUACCCCUCUCUCGACACCAAAUGUUAGUCCUUCCCAGUCCAUUGAUGUGGCUCUGCCCUCUGAACCCGUGGCAGCAGAUGUUCAACAGCAACAACAGCCCAGUGUUACUGAGAAGAUGGUUGCGAUUGAUGUUUCGGAUGGUCAGGACAGUAUAAGUUCCGAAGGAGAGGAUGGACCAGUGUUUUUAAAAGUAGAGAAAGAAUUAAACAGAGUACUUAUGGUCUCCAGCUCUGGCAGUGUCAGCAGCAGCCGUAAGAACUAUUCCUUCACAAAUGAAGAGGUACGGCAGAUCGACCGGGAGAACCAGCGGCUAUUAAAUGAACUUUCCCGGUCAUCGGCACAUUCACGUAGUGGCAGCUCUGCCUGCUCCAAAAGCAGCAGUCGCAGGAGUAGUGCACCACCCAUACGCCUUUACCACAGCGCUCUCAACAGACAACGAGAGCAAGAGCGAAUUCAAAAAGAAAACCUGGCAUUCCUGAAGCGUCUAGAAUCCGUGAAGCCCACUCCUGGCAUGACCCGAGAUGAACAGCUAGCUGAUUACCAGCGGCAGAGCAGAUACCUGGGAACAUACAAUACAGCUCUCCCACCAGUCAAACUCAAGUCCAGCAAAACAUCUGAAAGGACUUCAAGACCUGGCAGUAGUCCUCACAAAUCUAGACCGGAAACCGCUAAACUCAGCAGAACAACACCACGGCCUGCAUGGUCCUGAUCCUCAUAUUUUUUCCUUCUCUACCCCCAACACUUUCACUUACAUGUUCUGCUCUGACUGUAAGUAGAAAACAUGACUGCAGGUCACAACACAAAACCUUCUGGAUAAAUGUUGCAAAACGGCUUGAGCUCAUGGUAAUUUGUCCAGAUGUGGAGUGAUAUAAAUUAAAAUACUUGUCAGAAAAUCUACACAGCUCAACAAUCUGCAAAAUUAUUUGACAGUGUGCAGCUUUUAUAUAUGUGCAUUUUUUAGAUAUGGUAGGAGACUAAAUGAAUUCAAUCAACACCUCUCGGGACCAUAAAGUGUGACAAUCCAUUUUCUGAGACAUUCAAAAGUAAACUAGUGCCUAUAUGUGACAGACAACGAAAAGACUGUAUGUAUGUUUAAGCAGUGUAUUCUAAAGCCAUUGCUGCAGUUAACAGAAUAAUUAAUUACGUGACACAUCUGUCAGAAACUAAAUCUCAUGUGCAAUAAAGCUUUAUUAGUUAUGCUAAUUUUCAGUGUUGAUACAUUUUUCGGAAACUAAAAGUGAUUUGUUUAUUGACCCAGCUGUAUGGCACUUGAAUACUUGGCAUGCUGGUAUGAAGUGGCACACAUGCUCAGACAGUGUCCUGUCUGUUACAAUGAAUGUAACAAUGCUAGUUAUUCACCUGUCACUCCUAAAGUGCUUUUGAAAAGGCUGACUGACACUUGCUGACACAUGGCAGUCUAACAAGCUAAUUAUGCAAGCGCACAGACUGGCAUAGUAAUCAUUUUUGAGGUAGACUCUGUUAUGUUGUUUUACUCACAAUCCUGUAACUAGUUUCUGUUACUAGCUUUUCCUUCGUUUACUAUGAAAACAGUAUUAGGACACUUUAUAUUUCUUUGCAGAUCAUUGUUUAAUGCACAUUCAACAUUAAGUGAUGAUUUAUUUACUUUUUUAAGGAAUUUGCAAUCUUAUAUUAAUGUUAUAAUAUAAAAUAUAAUUGUAUGCUCUGUUGUAUUACAAUAUUAUAUUAUGAUAUUGUGAUAGUUAUACACCACUGUUUGAGGUAAGAUAUUUUAAUGUUUCUAAUGUAAUACAAGUUUCUUAGGCUCACCAAGGCUGCAUUUAUUUGAUCAAAUAUACAGUGAUAUUAUGAAAUAUUAUUACAAUUUGAGACAACUAACAAAAAGUAAAUUAUUUUUAUGAUGGCAAAGCUGAAUUUUUAAUAGCCAUUACUCUAGUCGCCAUGUGAUUCUUCAGAAAUCUUUCUAAAAUGCUGAUUUUUUUUAUUAUUGUCAGUGUUAAAAACAGUUGUUCUGCUUAAUAUUUUUGGGAAAACUGUGAUGCUGGAUUCUUUGAUGAAUAGAAAAUUCAAAGAACAGCAUUUAUUUUGAACUAAUUUAAUGCAUUCUUAUGAAUAGAAGUACUGAUUUCUUUGAACAAAUCUUACUGACCCCAAACUUUGAACGGAAGUGUAUGUACUGUAUAUUGUGUCAUAUGAGACUGAAGAAAUUUCAACAGGUAUUCAUAAACUCUAUUCAUGUAAAUGUUUGUGAAU